ACCCUAAAUAACAAAGAAGAAGACGACGGCAACGUUCACAAACCCUAGCUAAAAUUUGAGGGAAAAUAUUACUUGGAUCAAAUCAAGACAUCAGAAAAAAGAAAGCUUCAAUGAAGCUCUUUAUUAAGUACCGAAAGCGGUUAGGUCUCUCGUCUAGAUCGGGAGAAGGAGUUGUUAUCAGAGGAGAAGAUAGGAUAAGCUUAUUACCCGAACCGUUGUUAUGUCACAUACUCAGCUUUCUCACCACUGAGCAAGCUGUUUGGACAAGUGUCUUGUCCUCUAGAUGGAGACAUCUCUGGAAAUGGGUUCCUAGGUUAGAACUAGACACCUAUGAUUUCACAAACGACCAGGUCUGUACGGAUUUCAUCCACGAGUUUCUUGCUUUCCAAGGCAAGUCCUACUUGCGUGACUUCAAGUUAAGCAUCGACCAUGAUGCCUCUAACAGCGAUGUUUCUCUCUACGUGCCGUGUCUCGGUAGAGUGUUGGAUAUGCGGAAGCUUGAACGUUUCCAAGUCGAGAAUAAGUUUGGACAUGGUAUCAUUCUUUACAUCCGGUUAACUCUUUCCGCGUGCGAGGCGUUGGUAUGCUUAAAGCUCCAUUUUGUUUGCCUGAACGAGUUCGUGUCUCUCUCCUUGCCCUGUCUCAAGAUCAUGUUCUUGGAAGACGUCAUUCUCCCUAGCGACGCGGCCGCAGAGGCUCUCAUCUCCUGCUCUCCUGUCCUAGAAGUUUUGAAAAUAUGCCUCAGUAAAUAUGAUUCUGUGGUAGCGUUACGUGUCCGGUCGCUCUCGCUAAAGAGCUUCGCUUUAAGACGAGUGGAGCCUUUGUGCGCUCGUGGACGUUCGGUUGUGGAGCCUUUUUACGUUCGUGGAUGUUCGGUUGUGAUCGACACCCCGAAGCUUGAGUGUCUGAGUCUCAUGGAUUACUACCAUUUCAAGAGCUUUAAGAUAAUCAGUGUGGCUGAGUCUUUCAAGGUUGAUAUUGGUGUCGAGUUUGACCUGAUGAGUGAUUACUUGUCGGAAACAAAGAUCAUCUGCAAUCUUGUCAAGAAUCUUUCAUGUGUUAAAGAUAUGACCUUAUCAUGGAAAACUCUGGAGUUUAUAUAUAUUUACCCAAUCCCCAAACUUCAUGACUUGACUCGUUUGCGUGCCACUAUGUGCUUAAACUCAUCCUCUAAUCUAUUGCCAACCGUUCUUGAGAGCUGCCCCAAUCUGAAACACUUGAUCUUGGAAUUGGUUAUUGAUUCUCCGUAUGCAAGGAGUAGUAGACUCUCCACUGUGCCGCUGCCUCGUUGUUUGGUGUCGUCCCUUGAAUCAGUUGAAAUGGAAAGCCCGGUCACGGAGAUUGCUACUGAACUGAGAUUGGCUAGAUACUUUAUGAAGAAGUCGAAGACACUCAAGAAACUCGUGCUACGUUUGAAUCAUGAGUCUACUGGAGAGAAACACAAGCCUGGUGUCUUGGAACGACUCAUGACAUACUCAAGGCGCUGUAGUUUGUCUCAGUUCGAAGUUCUUCCAGUGGUUCCAACUCCGAAACCAUGGCCUGGGUAUGUUUAUGUAAAAUCCAAUAGGUUCUAAAGGCUGGUAUGGCUUUAAGACUGAUCAUUUGGUUUGAUUGUGAUUUUUUUAGUCUCUUUAUUAAACUUUUGUCUCAAGAUUAUGCACUUAGAAUGUUUCUAUCGCUAAUAUCAUGUUCUUGGUUUGAUUAUAAGCCAUUUGAUAAUGACGUAGAGUUUAUGUGUAUGUAGCACUUGUUGAGU